AUGCGUCAGUUUGAACCUUCGGUGCCGGAACUUGUAGACUGGGUCCACACAAAUCUUACUGGCCAGUGCGUUGGGGUCGAUCCACGCUUUGUACCUGCAGAAGUGGCCCAGGAAUGGACUGCAAAAUGGGGAACCAGUGUUUCCCUCAAAGAGAUAAAGGCGAAUCUCAUUGAUGCCAUUUGGACAACACGCCCGGAAGAUCCUUGCAAGUUAGUGGAGGUACAUCCGCUCGAGCUUGCUGGUGAAUCAGUGGACCAGAAAAUCCGCAGAGUUCGGGAAGCCGUUGCAUUGAAGGGGGCCACAGUUUGUUUGGUGAGCGCCUUGGACGAGAUUGCUUGGCUGUUCAAUCUCAGGGGCUCCGACAUCGAGUACAACCCACUAUUCUUUGCCUAUGCCGCUAUUUUCAAGGAUCGAGUCAUGCUCUUCCUACGCGGAGUUGAGGAAGGAAGGGAAGGAAGAGCAGAAGGUCUUUCUGCAGAAGUUCGUUCGAGCCUGGUUGAAGCUGGCGUUACUUUCAGACCAUAUGUGAGCUUCUUUGAUGAGCUGCCUACAGAGCUAGGCCAGCUAGGCCCACAAGAUAAGGUUCUACUCGACUCUGCUUCCUGUUCUUUGGCGAUUUUGAGCAUGGUCAAACCCGCAUUGCGAGUGCCUAGUCUCUCACCUAUCGAGCGGCUCAAGGCUAGCAAGAAUGCCGUCGAGAUAUCCGGACUUAAAAAGGCUUGCAAGCGGGAUUCCAUUGUUCUUUGCGAGCUACUCGCAAAACUUAGUCGAGUCCUGCGCAACCCAAACUCGGACGAGACUCCUCCAAGUGAGUUCGAUGUGUGCCAAAUGAUGCAGGAGCUGCGGCGCAAGCAGCCGCUGUACGUGUGUGACAGCUUUCAUACCAUCUCAUCAGCUGGUGCAAACUCAGCGGUCGUUCACUAUCAGCCCCAACGCGACAAGUGCAAGAUUCUCCAACGGUCGGACAUUUAUUUGAUUGACACCGGUGCACAAUACAAGGAUGGCACGACGGAUGUGACCCGCACCGUGCAUUUCGGAACACCGACUCCUGAGCAGAAGCAUAUCUACACAAGGGUGCUACAAGGACACCUGGCUUUGGCCAAAGCAGUUUUUCCGGAGGGUACUCCGGGCCUCCUUCUGGAUGCAUACACACGAGGACCUCUGUGGCAGGAUGGGUUGCAGUACGGUCACGGCACAGGACAUGGGAUUGGCGCAUACCUCAAUGUCCACGAAGGACCUGCCCAGAUUGGUGGUGGCAGUCUAACUGGAGAUCGGAUUCUUGCCAGCCAACGCCGACAGCGAUUGUUUUUACAGCCAAUCUCUGCUGGAUGGUUUCUGUCAGACGAACCGGGUUGCUACAAAGAAGGGGAAUUCGGGGUGCGUAUAGAGUCGGACAUCCUGGCGGUGCCAGCACAAACACCUUACAAGAUGGCAAGCGCAUUUCUGAAGUUUGACUAUCUCACUCUGGUACCGAUGUGUCGGGAACUUGUGGAUGUGUCGCUUCUCUCCAAAUCUGACCUAGCAUGGCUGAAUGAGUACCAUGCGUCCGUGUGGGCAGAACUUGGUGAAGUUUGGCCGGAGGGAGCAGAGCCGCGGACAUGGUUAUGGGAGGUGGAAAGCCUCCAGCAACUACUCGAUACCUUGUGGAAGAGCUACACGCAGGAGACCUUGCGAGACAGUACCAAGGUAGGAGACCUGCUGGUCGAUUUCUGGGUGGAGGUGCUCAGCUAUCGGCUCAGUGCUGCCGGAUGGAUAUCGAAGGUGGUGGUCGAGCAGGUCAGGCAGGAUCACCGAAAGCGGUUGAAGGAGCGCAAGCAACGAGAUCAGCGGGAGAUGCGCGAGCAGGAUCUGGAUAUCAACGCGGACCCCGAUGCAGCUGAACCGGAGGCACAGGAAACCGCUGCAGAGUCGCAGGUCGAGGUUGCAGCGGACGUCUUGGACCGGGUCACAUCCCACAGCAUUCUGUACGUCAUGCGUCCCAAUCUUCCCCUGGUGGACAGCCGCACGCUGCUUUCUUCCCUGCACUCACUGCCUCAGCUUCGACAGGCUGAUGCUGCUUUAGAGCAUUCCUACGACUUGGACCUGGCGCGGUGCUACUACACUGUUCGGUGCGCCAUGUACCUGGUUGAAAGCUGCGUGGAUGGUGGGUCAGAGUCUGGGGGCGCAACGCCCGGCCACAAGGUCAUAGAGGACGGCAUCCAUGAGCUGGACAGCCUGAUAAGCUCGAUUGGGCGGAAUCACAUGAAGGUGUCCGUGUUCUUGUUCAUUUCUUCUCUUUGCUUCGCCAGGCAUCACCACCUUUCGUCAGCUCGCAGCUCCACGACCCCGUCCCACGCGGAAGAUUUCCUCGUGCCGCCCAGAGUGUUGUUGUCCUUGUUGAUCCUUUUGCGGCACCACCUUCAACCGCUGGCAGCCUCGGCACAGGCAUCUGGACUUGGAGCAGAGCUCCAGACGAUACAGCAGCUCCAGCUUUUCGCACAGGAGACCAUAUGGCGCAUCUUCAUAUGCUUGAAGGACUAUAUCAUCUACUCACAGCUCGCUGUCCCUGGUGGCUUCGUGUCCUUGUCACCUUCACGCCGCAUGGGGGAUCUCGGCAUUACGGAGGGCACAGCACGGGAGUGGGCUACCGCAGUGGGUGCUGUCAUCGUCGGCGACAUGGACAUCCUCGGAGGGCAAGGGAUCGCUGCAUCCUCCUUGAAGGGAACCUUGCGCCCCGAGGCUGUCUCUGGUGAUCUCCAUCCGCUGCGCCAGCUUUGCACCCCAAUGGAGGUGCCGUUGUCACUGUUGCCUUCCACAUUCAUUCCGCGCAUGCUGGCGUGUCCAGCCACGCUGCUGCAGCGCUCCUUGAAGAUGAACGACUACGACUUGAGCCACAAGCUCAGCAUGUCAUGCCAGAGGCUGGCAGCUGCUGAAGCACUUCCCAACUUUGCAAGGCAGGUCUCUUCUUUUCUGCACAUCCGUGGCCAGGCUGUCAAGAGGCUGUUGGGGGUGCGGGUGCAGGAGUUGCGGCAACUUCUGGAGAGUCCAGCUGCGAAGGAGGACUCCGAGUCGAAAGCUGAAAAGGUUGCCAGUGACUUCUCGCGACUAGACCAGCAGCUGGAAGAGGACUUGGAGGCUUGCUUGGAGAGGUUGGCUGGGACAAUUCCCGCUCAAGGUUCGGAAUCUCAGCAGGUGCUGGGCUUGCUGUCUCGGCCGCUGUUAGCGUUCUAUGUCCUCGUGGAUCUUGCAGUGUCGGCAGCUCCUUUCAGCCAGAUGAGCACUUUCCUGUUGAAGCAGGCAACACCUUGGCUUGCUGCCGAGGAGGUUGGCUCGGGCGUUGAACCUGUCGUGGCGGACGCCAUGCGAAGCUUCUUCCAGACAUGGGUGGAAAGGCUCUUAGUCCUGAUAGAAGUGCGGCCGGAGCUUCGAGACCGAGCCUCCUUGGCUUCCAUCAUCCUGGGCAUUGAGACUCUACCAUCAGAGCCGGCGCUGCUAAAGUCACACCUGAAUCGCUUGCACACUCAACGCCAUGCGAUCUUGUCUCUGGUGGAAAGUGUGGACUUGGUCAAGAAAGGACAAACAUCAGCCUCGCAAAGAACCCUCGUGGACUUUCUGUCGACGGCCAUCACAUCUCUCAACCACGAGGAGGAGGACAGCUCGAAGGUGGGUGGGACUGAUGCCGGUGACCGCGAGGAUGCUGUUCAGAUCUCGGAAGGGUUAGGUUCCUCAAGGUACCUCCUUCGCUUUCUGGAUUACUUGGCAAGAGUAGCUGAUCUCAUGCACUCAGCCUCGCAGGAUGCUGGCCCACGGAAGGUCAAGAAGGCUCCGGUGGAGGCAGCGCGACGACGUGAAGCAGUCACGGUGACGUUUGAAAGCGCUUCAGCAGAUACCGCAGUCGAGAUGAACGAGGAGACUAUGGACGAGGCGGCUGGGGUGACCAAGCUGUUUGAUGUCCUCGCGGAGCCGCCCAAGGGCAUCGUGGCAAGGCUGCUGUUCGAACUGGGUGGCCAUCGCCAGGCUUUGGCGCUGUCAGAGAUCACGAGCAUCGAUAUCGUUGAAGUGAUUGUGAAUGCAUCUUUCAAGUGGAGUGAUGGAGAGCUCAGCCAUCACAACGUGUUCAGCACGCUUCCAAGGUACCCAAUGUCCAUGGAGGUGGUGCAGUACCUCGCACAGCAUGAGCGUGCACUGCCUCGAGUACGCUGUUCCGAGGCGCCUUUGUUGGCUACCUUGGCCUGUUUGGAAUGUCGCGGUCAGCGCUGGCCUUCGUGGCCCAUGCUCCGGUUCGCCAAGGAGCAAAGCCGACGAUUUCCAGCACUACACCGGUGGGUUCAGGAGCGUUGGCACACAUUGCGCGCGAUACGGUGGGCAGAUGCUCGAUCCGAGGGCAAGGAUGCUGGAAGCCUCCCAUCCUGCCUGCAGGUGAGAUACGACGCACCCGAAGCCAAGACCGUUCGCGAACCUGAGGAGCCUGUGGAACUUGAGGACUCGGAAGGCAUCGGGUACACGGAGGAGGAAUUUGCAAGGCUUGACCCAGAGGAUCAGCUGGCUUUGCAAGCGGCUGGCGAUGAUCAGGAGGCAAGCAUGUCAGCGGCAUUCACAAAGCUUGUGAAUGCCCUCAUCGCAGAGGAGCGCUAUGAGGUGGCACUUCAAGUAUGUGAUGAGUAUUUGUCAGUGGACAGUGGCUUGACAGACCGCGUGCUUGACCUGUACUUGAAGAGUCCUCACGACCUGGCACCUGGCUACGAGUCAAACGAGGCCGUGCAUCGCGAGCUCCUGGACCACGAGUGCAUGUACCGCGUGAAGGGCCACACACUGGCAGCGCAGCUGACCCUGGACAGGUACAAACGUUGGGACGUCGACACAGCAGUGCAGACCCUCUCUAUGUGUUUACACCGCAUUGAGAAUGAGCCAAGUGCAGACAGCAACGAGGCAGGACGAGCUGCGGCCUUGAAGCAGGAGCUUCGCCGGAUUCUGCAGCGGAUGGUCUCGUUCGAGAAGAUUCUCCAAGUCUCAGAGGGUCGCUGGCAAGUGUGGCAGGAAAUUGAGGACAUGAGCAAGUUGCAGGUGAGUGAAGCUGUGGAGCAUCUUCUGUCUUUGCAGCAGCACGACAUGGCGCGAACACUCGCACAAAUGUACGGCAUGACAGAUCCCUUGCACUCUUUGGAGCUGUCCAGACUACAUUAUUUGUUUACCACGAAACACGACAAGACAAACGCGGUCAACAGGCUCCUGUCGCUACCUCCAUCACAAGCAGUCUCGUUUGCCUUGCAGCUCCUGGACAUGUUCGAUGUCGUUCAACACCGAGCUCUGCUUUGUCAGAUGCUCCUGAAGCAACUGCAAUCCUGGUUGACCCCAGGGGAGGAGGAGCGCCUGCGUGUGCUCUUGGCAUCGCUGCAACUUCUGGGUGAAGUCAGUGAGACGAUGCGGCCACACUUCUUAAAGCUUCUCAGGAAGCCAGAGCUCAUCGUCGAGAGCCUGCUCAUGAACGCGCGUGUUGACCUGCUGAAGAAGUUUCUGGAGGACUUUCCAGAGUAUCGGCACGAUGAGCUGAUCCUGCGGUACGCGCGCAAAGCGCUGGCGCUCCAACCAUCGCAGACUCCUGCUUUGCGGCAGCAUUUGGCUUCCUCAAGCCCCCCCUAG